AUGCAUUUUCGAUUUUUCUUCUUCCGUCCUGAAGAGGUGACCGCUCUGCGAGCCAAAUUGUCUGAGAUGCAAGAGGCCACAACAAAAUCAGAGGCUAAAAUUCGUGAUCAGGUGCGAAGAGAGUUCACGACAUCCAUGCGGCGCCUAUUUGCUCUAAGCUUUGAGCAGAAGACUCGUAUCGAUGACUACCGCAAUCAUUUGCACUCAAUCACACUGCAGAGGAUCGCAGAAGUACGCGAUGAGGCGGCCAUCGAGAUGUCUCGAAUCAAAGAGAAAAGCGGAGCUCGCGCUUCAGCAGGUUGGUAG